GGGUUAUAUUUUACCUUAACGUAAGCAUAACCUACACAAAAACAGUAGUAACUUAUGUGAUUGUUUUAACAUCUGUGACAGUGAAAUAUAAAGAAAAUUGAAUAAAUUUAAUGUGAAAUAAGUUUUUUGUUAAUUAAAUAAAAAUAUAAUCUAGUCUAAUCUAGAAUUCGCGAGGAAUUUAAUUAAAAAUAAUAAUAUUAAAAUUAUAAUUUUCUAAAUCAAUGAUUUUAAUAAUCACGACCUUUUUAAUCAUACUCAGUCGGUCGUCGAGUUUAAAUAAACUAUACAUGUGGUCACAGUGUUAAAGUGUGGUGAACGGAGAAUGACGACCGUCACAUGGCGACUAAUGCUGUUUGCUGUCGUGAUUACUGCAGGCUCAAGCCAGCAUUGCGAACAAUUGGACAAGAAGAUAUUGAUGGAUAAUCCAGGCUUGCCGACCAUGAAACGGGAAGCGCGUAUGAUGGGUAAAGCAGUACCAAUAGUGUUGAAAUAUGACGGGCGUGCGGCGGGGCGUGCGGCGGCCGCGCUGCUCGCCGCGCUGCUCGAGCAUGGACUUCGUUACGGUAAAGUGCGGUUAGAGCGCGCGCUCCCCGCCCCCCUCGAGCGGGCGCUCCGCUCCAAUGAGAGCAUGUACGAUGAAUAUAAAUAUUUGGAAAUGUGGCCAGCGGCCGUGGUGUCGUUGACGAGUAUACCCCGGGAGGUAUCAUGUCCACCACAAGUCCUGUGCUCAACUCGCACGACUGUCCUCGGGCCUGGAGCUGCGCCGGCUGCCCUCACUCUCCUGGUGUACAUGACUGAACAUGCAUCGUCUGAUUGUGAGGGUGCUAACUCCUGGCCCUUCUUUGCUAAUAAGACAGCGUUGGAACUUUGCGGAUUUCUUGAAUUGGACAGUGAUGAAGCAACGGUGUACUAUCCAACAGAAUAUGGAACCAUCGCUGAAGAGUUAAGAAUGCGGGCGAAAACCCAUGGUUUGUUGUGGAAUCUGAAGCCACUGAGUGAGGAUGCUAGACCUCGUAAAGAUCUUCUAAAGAUGCUGAGAAAUGGAGACCAAUCAUUUCUGUUUCUCGACCAAGAGGUGUGGAGCUCAUCUCCGAGGGUGUUCUCCUCUCAGCCGCCGCCGUGCCCCACCACCACGUGCCAAUUCGCAUUAGACCCUGUCUACACCGUCCGCCUCGGCCACGCGUUUGCCCUGGAUAAUAGUCUACCGAACGUCUUAAACGUAUUCCUAAAAUUCGCCCCUACACAAGCUGAAAUCCGACAAAUCCUCGAAGAAGAAGCUGACCUUGAAGAGCAAGAGGAAACCAGCAAAGAAGCCGCAUGCGCCUGGUCUGUCAAACACAUUGGCCGAUUCAUAUCAUGGAUUGAAGAAGAAGUGACCGCUAUGCAUUGGAUUGCCGUAUUGAUAUGCCAGAACGAACCAGAUGAACUACAAUACGAGAGAGUCAUCGAUCAAACAUCCGAGACGAUCGUAGCUCCCGUCAAACCAAAAAUUGAUAUUCAAUACUUUUUACAAGACUGUUCUGACGAUAACGCCAUGUUGACAUUCAUAUCCACUUUACAAAAAUUUAGGAAGUAUCGGACUUUGAUUGGCUUCGUAGGGUCAGGAGAAGGGGCUAGUAAAGCAGCAGCAUUUGCUAAAGACAUAGAAUCAGCGUUGGUGUUGUACGAUACCUCGGCUGAUAACUACACGUUGGACGAAGCAGCUCGAGGAGUCGGUGGCUCAGCCUUUCAGGUAGCGAAAGCUGUGGCAAGACUAGUAGCUGGCUGUGGAUGGGCCCGCGUGGCCGUUUUAUCAGACUCUUCAUCGUUGGCUAAGGAAAUCUAUGAAGCUCUGGAUAGCAAUGAAGAUCUCGUACUCCGAAACGUUCUGCUACAAACACCGUCAAAAAUCAAAGAACAAUUAGAACGAUUAUGUGAAGAAAACGCUCGAAUAUUUUACGUAAAUACUGACGCGGAUACCGCAUUAGCAGUGUUGUGCGAGGCGAUAGAGUUGGGCAUGAUUUACGAAGAAGGUUAUGUGUGGUUUGUCCGUGAGUGGCGAGCACAGGAUUGCUCUGGAGCGUCUGAAGAAAUUCUAGCAACGAUGCGGCACUAUACAGUAUCACCUUGGUGGAGAGGACAGGAGUUGAAGAUGGAUGGGAAUUUGUCUGAUGUUGAUGUGAACUGGAUUGUGCGUGAGAGAUUACAGAAACUUUGGCAGCCAGGGUUGUGGCCGCAACACGCAGCUUCCCUGGUCGACGCUCUGUUAUUGCUGACGCGUGCUGCAGAAGCGUUCCUGACUAAGUACUGGACCCACUCCACUGACCUACAUGGCCGUGGCUCUACACGAUUAUUCUGGUCCUCACUAGAGACAGUACCAGGUGUGACUGGGGCAUUGCAUCCGAACAGCUUUCAAGAACCUGUAAUGUACAUAGACGAGUGGAGAGGCGACCGCACGGGACCACGGUCAAUCGGCGUCUGGCGCAUGAGUGGUGAUGUCCCGACGGUAGUCAAAGCAGAGAUGUGUGGUAUUCGAGAGAUCUCUGAUGGCGGGAGGAAUUGCAUCACAAUGCGGUGGUAUGGACCAGGUGACCGCUUUCUGUGGCGUUGUCACGACUGGACUUUCCUGUUGACGGCAUUGGUGGUGAUGUUAGCGGUCCCUGCGCUGGUGCUAGCGCGGCGCACGAGAAUUGCGCGACUUAGGCGCAGCGAAAGGAUGCUCAAGGCGCAGCUUGCCGCGCGUGGAGUUCGAACAGCGAAGGAACUUGGCUCUCAGCUGGUGGACCGAGCGUUACUCGACCUUCGUCAUGAACUUGGCGCCGGUCGAUUUGGCCGUGUGCGCCUCGCCGUACUCCGUGCUCCGGACCGGCCACCCAUCGCUGUCGCGGCCAAGGCCUUGCCAGACGACGCCACGCCUGCUGAGGAGAGGGACUUCCUUAGAGAGGCUUGCAUGAUGGCGUCUUUACAACAUUCGCAUAUUGUGCGACUAGUCGGCGUCUGCGCAACAGACGGACCACCAUUGGUGCUAAUGGAGUACGCAUUCUUUGGAGAUCUGAGCGAAUAUCUAAAAUCACGGAGACAUUUGGCUGAGAACAGCGGCGAAGAUAGUGAGGAGGCUGACCACGUGUCCGCAGAAAGCCUGACCCGACUGGGGGGAGAGGCAGCGUCUGCGCUUGAGUACCUCGCCUCUAAACGACUUGUGCAUAGGGAUGUACGCGCUGCCAACUGUUUAGUGGACGCCCGACGAUCUCUAAAAUUGGCCGACUUUGGCAUGGCGCGGCAGACGUCCCCCAGCUCGUUGUACUGGUGUCAACGACGAGGGUUCUUUCCUGUGCUGUGGAUGGCCCCUGAGAGCCUGCAGAGAGGAGUGUUUUCUGCUGCCAGUGACAUGUGGGCGUUGGGCGUGCUGAUGUUUGAGCUGGUGACGUUGGGGGGGAGGCCCUACGGAGCAUGGCCGCCACAGCGCGUGAUACGGUUCGUAGUGGACGGUGGACAUCCGCCACUACCUCCAGACACUACUAACACCACUCGCGACGUCCUCCUGUCGUGCUGGCGGCGCGCGCCGGACUCACGCGUGUCCGCGCGCGCACUGCACGAGUACUUGCGCGCGCGCCGCUCCGCGCUCGCGCCCGCGUUGCUGCCCCCGCCCGAGCCUGACACCACAGAGAGGGCGCCAUCUACAUUGUCUAUUGACGCGUUUGCUAGUGUAGACUUUACUGAAUUUGCGUAAUGGCGGCUCCACACUAUCGCGGACCAUACAUUCCUGGUUUUUCAUUGCGGUAAAUAAAAGUACUCGUACAAACUACGCAAUAUUCAUGAAUUCGGGUCGGCAUCUGUCCGAGUUCGGCGAUUGUGUGUAAAUUUGCUUAAAAUCAUAGAUAAGUUAGCAAAUAUAUAGAAAACUAAAGCGGCUAGCGUACCCGAAUGAGAUAGAAGAUUUCCAUAAAAUUCCCGGCCCAUCUCAUACAGAGCUGCAGAUUGGGCCUUGUAAGACUAGACACACAGAGAGGAACAAUUUCAUAUUUUUUUUCUAAUUGUAUCAAUUUCUCUUUCUCGUGUGUGAGUGAAACGAAAGAUACGCCGAAUUCUUUAAUUUUCUCUGUCUAAGGAUGGAUUUUGCAAAACAGCAGAAAUUCCUUGAAGGAAACCAGGAAAUAUUAGAAUUAUGACGACAGAAAAGAGGAAAUAAAUACCUAUUAUAAUCUUCCUUGUUACGAAUUUAAAUAAAUAUAUUAGGACAAAUCACACAUAUUAAGGUAGCCCCAAAGUAAGUUCUAUACUUGUGUUAUGGGAUACUAACUCAACGAUACUAUAUUUUAUAACAAAUGCAUAUAUAGAUAAACAUCCAAGACCCGGAUCGAUCAGAAAAAGAUCAUUUUCCAUCAUGACCUGACCGGGGAUCGAACCCAGGACCUCUCGGUUCAGUGGCAAGAACUUUACCACUGCGCCACCGAGGUCGUCUAUUUCAUUUGGAUGUUUUCGAGCGUGACUAUGUUUGUUUAUGAAUCACGAUUUUACAGUAGACUAUCUAAUAAUAUCCUUUAUCUAGUAUAGCACUACGGUAAUCAUUUAGUUUUAGGCUUUUCGCUAGAAAUUUAUAAAAUAAAUUGAUAAAAUGGCUAAGUUGGCGUAUUGAUAAGUCGGCGCUAGUGAGCAUGGAACGCGAUCAGUAUGCAGCCUCUAUUUGCAUUGAGGGUUCAAAUGGGCAUCUUAUUGCAUCUGCAAUAUUCGUAAGCAAACAGAACAGUGGUCCCAAAUGGCUGAAAUUGCCCUAGUUAGCAUUGCUACAAUAAUUAAAUUUAGAUUUCAGUUAAUUAAUACAUAAACACCCGUUCAUGUGGUUGAAAUUAAGAAAAUGCUCUUGUAUUCAUGCGACGAACCGUUGGGAAUUUAUGUUAAUUAAAAUUUUGGCUAAAUUGGUUUUGUUAUACUUAUAACAAAAGAGGAGAGAAGACUGUACACAUGUACAGUCUUCCUCUCCUCUUUUGUACAUACUUUUGAAUAAUUUUGAUACAAUGUACAUACUUUUGAAUAAUUUUGAAAGUAAUAAUGAUAUAAAAUAAUUUUGUAAUAAAGUUCAGAGCACUGUUUCGGAUGGGCAGGGGUGUGGGUUCGACUCCCGCUCGAUUCCAGAAUUUUUAUAUAAUAAUUAUUUUCUGAAUUAAAAAUUUAAUUACCUGUAACAUAUGCCUAUUCAACAGCAUAGCAAAUCUUUGCAAAUUAUUAUAUUAUUAUUACCGCGACAAAGAGGUGAUUUGUCAUCGACAAAUACUAGUUUAUAUUUUUUCUUUUAAAAAUUUUGUAUUUAUAACAGCUGUUUAUUUACUAUAUAUUAUUAUUAUUUAGUACACAAAAUACAUGA